CCGGCCCGCCGCGGACAGGCAGCGGGGCGAGCGAGCGGCCGGCGGUCGGUGCCCGCAGCCGGCGCGGCGCUGCCCCCCGCCCCUGCCGAGGACUGCCGCGCUCGUCGCACGAGUGGCGGCGGGGGGAGCCCGCCCCGCGGGGCCGCCUCUGCCCCUUCCCCGCCGCGCCGUUAAUGGAAACAUGGCGAUGGCGGCUCCGACCGGCAGCGCGGCGCCCGUCGCCCCGGCCCUCUGCGGCCACCUGGCCCUGCUGCUGCUCCUCGCCGCCCCCGCCGCGCACGGCUACAGCUUCCCGCAGCAGCACACUAUGCAGUACUGGGCCAGGAGGCUGGAGCAGGAGAUUGAUGGAGUGAUGAGGAUAUUUGGUGGAGUCCAUCAGCUCAGAGGGAUCUACGAUGACAAUAAAAACCUGUUUGAAGUCAAGGAGAACGUGCCCAGGAAAUUGGUGGAGAAGGUUGCAGGGGACAUUGAGAGUCUCUUGGCCAAGAAAGUCCGUGCUUUAAAGAGACUUGCCAACGCGGCGGAGAAAUUCCAGAAGGCUCACCACUGGCAGGACAACAUCCGGGAGGAAGACAUCGAGUACUAUGACUCCAAGGCUGACACUGAAUAUGAUGAUCCCGAUGGAGAAGAGAUUGAGAGGGAGAAGUCCAACUCCUUGAAGCUGGAGUUCACGGACGAUGACAACUUCAAGACCAAGGUUAACUAUUCGUACGCUGCCGUGCAGAUCCCCACGGACAUCUACAAAGGCUCCACCGUCAUCCUCAACGAACUGAACUGGACGCAGGCACUGGAGGAUGUCUUCAUUGAGAACAGGAAGGAGGAUCCCUCCCUGCUCUGGCAGGUCUUUGGCAGCGCCACCGGUGUCACCCGCUACUACCCUGCCACCCCGUGGAGAGCCCCCAACAAGAUCGACCUCUACGACGUGCGCCGGCGGCCCUGGUACAUCCAAGGUGCCUCCUCCCCAAAGGACAUGGUCAUCAUUGUGGACGUGAGCGGCAGUGUGAGUGGCCUCACCCUCAAGCUGAUGAAGACCUCGGUUUAUGAGAUGCUGGACACCCUCUCGGACGAUGACUAUGUCAACGUGGCCUCGUUCAAUGAGAAGGCAAAGCCGGUGUCGUGCUUCAAGCACCUGGUGCAGGCCAACAUCCGGAACAAGAAGGUGUUCAAGGAGGACGUGCAGGGAAUGGUGGCCAAGGGCACAACUGACUACAAGGCUGGCUUUGAGUACGCCUUCGACCAGCUGCAGAAUUCCAACAUCACACGUGCCAACUGCAACAAGAUGAUCAUGAUGUUCACGGAUGGCGGCGAGGACCGGGUGCAGGACGUCUUUGAGAAGUACAACUGGCCCAACAAGACGGUGCGGGUCUUCACCUUCUCCGUCGGGCAGCACAACUAUGAUGUGACCCCGCUGCAGUGGAUGGCCUGUGCCAACAAAGGUUACUACUUUGAAAUCCCUUCCAUCGGCGCCAUCCGCAUCAACACACAGGAGUACCUGGAUGUGCUGGGCAGACCCAUGGUCCUGGCUGGGAACAGAGCCAAGCAGGUUCAGUGGACUAACGUCUACCAGGAUGCUCUGGGGCUGGGACUGGUGGUGACGGGCACACUGCCGGUGUUCAACCUGACCGAGGACAGCAGUGACAGGAAGAACCAGCUCAUCCUGGGCGUGAUGGGGAUCGAUGUGGCUCUCAACGACAUCAAGAGGCUGACCCCGCGAUACAACCUGGGGGCAAAUGGUUACGUCUUCGCCAUCGACCUGAAUGGCUACGUCCUGCUGCACCCCAACCUGCAGCCCCAGAUCAUCAAUUUCCGUGAGCCGGUGACACUGGACUUCCUGGACGCUGAGCUGGAGGAUGAAAACAAGGAGGAGAUCCGGAGAAGCAUGAUUGAUGGGAAUGACGGGCAGAGGUUCAUCAAGACCCUCAUCAAGUCUGUGGACGAGCAAUACAUCGACGAGGUGUUCCGGACCUACACGUGGGCUCCCAUCAAAAGCACCAACUACAGCCUGGGGCUGGUUCUGCCUCCCUACAGCACCUACUACAUCCAGGCCAACCUCAGCGACCAGAUCCUGCAAGUGAAGUUACCAAACAUCAAAAUGAAGGAUUUUGAAUACCUGCUGCCCAACAGCUUUGAGUCGGAGGGACAUGUGUUCAUUGCUCCCAGAGAGUAUUGCAAAGACCUCGACUUGUCGGAUAACAACACCGAGUUCCUGGAAAACUUUAUUGCCCUCAUGGAAAAGGUGACCCCAGACUCCAAGCAGUGCGACAACUUCCUCCUGCACAACCUGAUCCUGGACACAGGCAUCACACAGCAGCUGGUGGACCAGGUCUGGAAGAACCAGGACCUCAACACGUACAGCCUCUUGGCUGUCUUCGCAGCCACUGAUGGGGGCAUCACCCGUGUCUUCCCUAACAAGGCUGCAGAUGACUGGGAGGAGGAACCAGAGCCCUUCAACGCCAGCUUCUACCGAAGGAGUCUGGACAACAAGGGCUACAUCUUCAAGCCACCCUACCGGGAUGCCGGCUACCGAGGGCUCGACCUGGAGAACAACACCAUUGGGAUCCUGGUGAGCACCGCCGUGGAGCUCAGCAUCAAGGGCAAGACUCUGAAGCCAGCAGUGGUGGGGGUGAAGCUGGACCUGGAGGCCUGGGCUGAGAAGUUCAAAGUGCUGGCGAGCAACCGGACGGACCGUGACCAGCUGGGCACCCGCCGAUGCGACCCCUCGACCAGCUGUGAGAUGGACUGUGAGGCCAACAACAAGGACCUCAUCUGUGUCCUCAUUGACGAUGGGGGCUUCCUGGUGCUCUCCAACCAGGAGGACCACUGGUACCAGGUGGGCAAGUUCUUCAGCGAAGUGGAUGCCAACCUGAUGUCUGCCCUCUACAACAACUCCUUCUACACCCGUAAGGAGUCCUAUGACUUCCAGUCCGUCUGUGCCCCGGAGGCCCCAAGCAACACAGGCGCUGCACCCCGCGGUGUCUUCGUGCCCACCGUGGCUGAUCUCCUGAGCCUCGCCUGGUGGACUUCGGCUGCAGCCUGGUCCCUCUUCCAGCAGUUCCUGUACGGCCUCACCUACAGCAGCUGGUUCCAGACGGAGGAGGUGGCAGGGGACGGCAUGGAGGCCAGGGAGACGAGCUGCAUCAUGAAGCAGACGCAGUACUACUUCAGCACCGUCAACGCCACCUACAACGCCAUCAUCGACUGCGGCAACUGCUCCAGGCUUUUCCAUGCACAGAGACUGGCUAACACCAACCUGCUCUUUGUGGUGGCUGACAAGCCCCUCUGCAGCCAGUGUGAGUCUGUCAAGCUGAUGCAGGCAGAGGUAAGAGCCCCCCCGAGGGACCCCAACCAGUGUGAGCUGGUGGACAGGCCCCGCUACCGGAAAGGCCCCCACAUCUGCUUCGACUACAAUGCAACAGAAGAUACCUCAGACUGCGGCCGAGGGGCUUCCUUCGCCCCCUCCGUGGGGGUCCUGCUCUCCCUGCAGCUGCUGCUCCUCUACUCCAGCACCAGCCGGCACCCGCUGCCUCCGGCCGCCUGCCUUUAGCCCCCUGGCCGCCCCCGCCAGCUCUCUUUUCUUUCAACUUCCAUCUCCAUCCCCCUCCCCGGCCCGGUGGGGCGGGAGCGACGUCCCCUCCUCUGCCUCGGGGACCCCCGCGAUGCCGCCCCGCUCUCCACACCGGCCGCAGCCAAAGAAGAGUCGGGGUGCGGGCAGGGGCUCCCUGUCAGAGCGGGGACCGGGCAGGGGCUCCCCGGCAGAGCGGGGACCGGGACGGUGUCCCGGCGUCGCGCCCUCCCGGCCGCUCGCACUCGGAAAAGUGGCGUCGGAGCCCUCCGCCCGCGACCCCCCCAGUCCACCUCGCCUAUUUUUUUAGCCUGAAGAUUUUAAAGCAGAUCUUUCUACAUCGAGUUUCCAACAUUUUCACCUGGAGACAGGCGGGGUUUAUUGUCAGCAACGAGUACAACCUAAGCAAAAAAAAAAAAAAAAAAGAAAAAAGGGGGUGGGGGGUGAAAGGAGAAAAAAAGGAAAAAAAAAAAAAGAAAAAAGGACUUGACUUGACUGUGCGGGUCAGUAGUAUUUGUUCCAACGGUACCGGCCCCCGGGUGUGUGGGGCAGCUCCAGCAUCCCUGCGGGCUGGGGCUGAGAGCAGGCAGGGGCAAGGCCGGGGGCAGUGGCACAAUGGAGCCCUGGUCCCUGCACUUGGCUCAGCUAUUCUUGGGCACAGAUGUUGGGGUGAAAAGGAGGGGGGGAAAUAUUUUUUGUUUCUUUUCCGUUCUGCAGAUCACUGUGAAUCCUGCCCGCCCAGCCCUGUACCCCCCAGCCCUGCCCUGCCCCCCUCACCCUGCCAGAGGGACGUGCUGCUCCCCUGGGGGACAUGGAUAAGCUCCCGAGUGGGUCACACCACAUGCCCCGCAGCGGGACAUGCAGCACGUCCCCGAGUGCCAAGUGGAGCGGGAGGUGCCACAUAUCCCCAGAAGGGACGUGCCAGGGCCCCCUGCCCGUCCCUCGGGUCACCAUCCAUGGCGAGGGGAGCAGCCCCCGGGUGCUGCGGGGGCCCUGACUGGGGGGCACGCAGUGCUGGGGGGGCGGGAGGGGCUGGGGCUCGCACCGGGGAGCUCAGGCGGGGAUGUUUUGUCCCCCCCCAGUCAAAAUGCUGGGUGCCAAGGAGGGGACGAGGUAGCUGCUCAGCUCUGGCACCCCACUAACCCAUCCAGAAGAGGUGCUGCAGGGCUGGGGGCGUCCAGCACAGGGUGCCCGGCUGUGACAGCCCGGGAUGCCGCAGUGCAGGGGGUGCCAGACCCACCACCCGUGCCCCCCACUGCCCCCGGCAGUGCUGGGGGUCCCUGCCCGGGCAGGCAGCCCUGGGGACCCUCACCCCCCCCGGGCCACCCCGCUCAGAGCCACCCCAUCAACCGGGUCCAGGGGAGCCCCCUCGGCACGGCCACCCCGGGGGGGCUUGGGAGGGUGCCAAGCGCUAAUUAGUGCUGGGGGUUAAUUAAUGGUCAUUCUGCUUGUAGCUUUUUCAGUGUGUGUUUGGUUACUGUCUCUGGGAACCGUGUUUGAACAGAUGGCUCUGUGUUACCGGGAGUGUGUGUACUUCUGUAGUCUAGUUAGGUGCUCUGCCAGAAAACCACCACUAUACAUACCUAUAAAUAUAUACAUAUAUAGUCUAUUUUAAGUUAAAAACCAAUGAGACGAAGGAGUGGCGUGGCCCCGGGCCCCCCCAUCCUGCCGGGGUUGCGUCCUGCCCUGUCCCUGCCCAAAAGCUUCUCUCUGCUCAUUCAAAGGCGUUGGGUUUUUAAAUUUAUUUUCUUUAUUUUAUUUUUAUUUCUCUGGGUUUCGAUUUUUUUUUUUGUACAGAAGAGUUGGAAAACUUAAAAAAAAAAAAGAACAAAAAAACCAACAAAAAGACAAUUUGUAAGAUAUCGUGCGUGUGACUCCUUGUAAAAUAUUUUCAAAUGGUUUAUUACAGAGACUCAGUUAUUAAAUAAUGUUCAUAUUUUCACUUCA